GCUGUAGAUACAUGUCUUAAGAUCCUUGCUCUAGCCCUAAAUUUGGCAACCACUUGCAACAUCCAAUUUUAAGGCCUAUAUAAACCACUUUGUCCCUCUUCAUUUUCACAUUCAUCCUUCCAUCUCUCAAAAUAUAACAUCAUCAAACCUAAACCACUAACAUGGCACUCCACACUCUCUUUGCUCUCUCAGUAGCUGCAAUUCUGUUGCUCGGUGCCGAAUCAGCCACAUUCAUAAUCAAAAACGCCUGUCCUUACACAAUCUGGCCCGCUGCACUAACCGGCGCAGGAUCACAGCCCUCAACCACCGGGUUCGAACUCGCCUCACAAGCCGAACACAACAUCGAAAUUCCCCCUCCAUGGUCCGGCAGAAUUUGGGCCCGAACCUUCUGCACCGACGUGUGCCUCACAGGAGAGUGUGGUAAAGGGGGCGGACCUUGCGCUGGCGCUGGUGGAAAUCUCCCCGUAACUCUCGUCGAAUUCACAUUAAAUGGCGACGGAGGCAAGGACUUCUACGACGUAAGCAAUGUCGAUGGCUUCAACUUACCUGUCAGCAUAGUCCCCGAAGCUCAAUGUCCAUCAACAAGCUGCGGAGUCGACAUAAAUGCCGAAUGCCCCGCAGAGCUGGCGGUGUAUAACCAAAAUGGCCAUGCCAUCGGAUGCAGGAGCGCAUGCACCGCUUUUAACACGCCGCAGGAUUGCUGUACUGGUGAGUACAACAGUCCCACGGUGUGCCAGCAUUCGAAGUACUCGAAUUUUUUCGAGCAGAAGUGUCCUCAGGCUUAUAGUUAUGCCUAUGAUGAUAAAACUAGUACCUUCACUUGCCCUACUGGACCUAAUUACAAAGUCACAUUCUGUCCUUGAAGAUCGAUUCUUCGAUGGAAAUUGACACGUUUGGCCUGCAUUUGGAAUAAUUGCGUUCGUUUAGUUGCUACGCAGGGUGUGUGCAAUAAGAUAGAAGAGCUCAAUAAGUAGAUGUGUUUACAAUAUCUGCAACAAUAAGGUGAUGUACUAGGUUGGUUUUUUGUUUUUGUCUCUUGUUUUAUAUGUAUUCGAAUCAAAGAUCAAUGAUUUCUUAUGUAUUCGGUACCCGUCAUGAGUUGCUGCUCAAAUAUACAAUUUAAACCGAGCACUUGUCACAA